UCAACAACCAACUAGUGACAAAUAGCAAUUCGAAGCAAUCACCUAGCAUUCUAACCUUACGAUCUAACCUAAAAAUGUCUCCCACGUGCGCGUGCGACCAGCUGCAACGUCUGAACUUUGUGAAGGAUGAGAGAGAAAUUCAUUAUUCAGACAGAACCAGACGCAAAAGUUGCGGAAAGCCAAAUCGAAGUCGACCUCGAAGAAACUACACGACCAGUUGUUGUCUCUUCGGUAAACCCGCUAUUCUCCGUGGAACUCUGCCCGAGACUCAGUGUACAGGAGGUUGGGUCAUCUCAGUAAGCUGUGUCCCCGCUUCUGUUCGGUGACAUGGCACCCCACCCCUGCCAGCCAAUCACAAUCACUUGAAAAUGUUCCGGCGUUGCUAUUGGCCAAAAAAUUGCGAGGUUACGGUCACGACUUGCUGCUUCACCUGGCCGGCAGGAACUUGAGGCGGUACCAAGUAAUCGAUGUGUUAGAAAAAGCUAGGAGGUGUGGUAUUAGGAGAAUAUUCGCUUUACAAGGAGAUCCAAGUCGAAUCCUAGAACAUGACGAUAGUAAAUGUGAUUUCCCGUAUGCUGCAGAUUUGGUCAAAUUCAUAAAAUCUAAUUAUCAAGAAACUUUUAGCAUAGGUGUUGCAGGAUAUCCCGAUUGCCAUCCGAAGUCUAAAACGAUACAGAUGGAUAUACAGUAUUUAAAACAUAAGGUGGAGUGUGGAGCAGACUUCAUAAUAACCCAGGCAUCCUACUCCUUCAAUUCGUAUAAAAAUUUCGUCAAAAUUAGCAGAUCUUCGGGAAUCCACGUGCCUAUCAUCCCAGGGAUGUUCAUUAUCAAAUCUCAUAGGUCUCUGUUAGCCAUCUCAGAAUUUUGCGCUGUACCAAUACCUCCCGAUAUUUUAAGAGUAGUCUCAAAUAUUAAAGGAAACAACGAAUCUAUACUUAAUUUUGGAAUGGAUUUUGCUAUAGAACUAACUAGAAAAUUCUUAUCUCGAAGAGAUUUGUUUGAGAAUGUUCAUUACUUUUGUUUAAACGAUCUGAGUAUAGUGGAAAGAGUUAUUAAAAUUUUGGGGAUAUAUGAUAACUACAUGGAGCGUCCAAUUGUAAAUUUGGAAAAUAAGUUUAUAAAGUAUUUUAAAGAAGAAAAUAGGAUUCAAUGAUGUGAAGGUUAUUAGGAAAUGUUCCAGUGUAGAGAAGUGGAUCGGCAGAUUGAGAAUUUCUUUUAGAUUACAAUGGAAAAUGUCUACAACAAUCAGUAUUUUGUAUAGAUUUUAUAGAAAUACAAUUAUGUCUGCCACUUGUAUUUUUUUUUCAUUUAUAGGUUAAAUACUUUAGGAAAUGUGAGGACAGGAUGGUUAUGAAUAAAAAUCUAUUAUUAAAAAUUAGUGUUUAUUAGUGUUUUAGCAAGAAUGUAAUACACCUUCUGAAAGACCCUAAGUCCAAUAAGAGGCC